CCGGGCCUGUCACUAUCGGUCACUUAGCCGGGCAUCCCGCAGUUGCAGCCUCAGCUGCCGGCCGGGUGAGGAGAUGGCUUCUCCCUCUAGACAGGACCCCCUCGGGGGGUCAGGACUGCUCCAAGGGAGCCGGGCUCGUUCUUAUGGAAGCCUGGUGCAGUCUACCUGCUCCCCAGUGAGGGAAAGACGCCUGGAGCACCAGUUGGCGCCCGGAGACACCCUGGCUGGACUAGCACUCAAAUACGGGGUGACGAUGGAACAGAUUAAACGUGCAAACCGCCUUUAUACUAAUGACUCCAUCUUCCUGAAGAAAACCCUCUACAUCCCCAUCCUGACAGAGCCCAGAGACCUGUUCACUGGUUUGGAUUCUGAGGAAGAGAAAGAUGGAGAGGAAGAGAUACAGCCAAAUAAGGAUGAAGUUUGGCCACACUCAGCUGAGAGGAAGAAACAGGAGACAGGCUCAGGACGUGCCAAUGGUGAAGUCCUUCCCACACCUGCCCAGGAAUCCCCCACUCCCAUCCAUGACCUCUCUGCCUCUGAUUUCCUUAAGAAGCUUGAUUCACAGAUCAGCCUGUCAAAGAAGGCUGCUACCCAGAAGCUGAAAAAAGAGGAAAGUGGGGUACCUGGGGAGGAUUCAGGUCUCCACCGGAGCUCCCCUCGGGUGCAGCAACGAGCAGUCCUAGGCCCUGUGCCACUGACCCGGACCUCUCGAACCCGGACACUUCGGGACCAAGAGGAUGAAAUCUUCAAACUCUGAUGCCUCCAGAGCUGACUGAGAGAAGCAAGAUGGUGAAGGAGCAACUUGAGGGGAAGGGGAGCCUGAGGUGAGGCUCAAGAACACAGCUUCCCAGCCUAUCCUCACUCCUGCCCAGCUCAUGGUCCCAUCAAGAGUACCUCAGCCUGAGGCAGUUUUAUUGGCAAGAGUGGGGGGUGGGGAAUUGACCCCUUCUCAGUUCUUGGGCUGAAUCUAGAGUUGUCCUUUAGAUUCAAAGGUUCUUUUUACAUCCCUGCUGCCUUUCCCAUCCCUCUCACCAUUGGUUGGCCUUAGAACAGGGAGGCAGGGACUACCCCCAACCCCCAACUUCUUGCCCAUCUCCAACUAUGUUACCUAAUUUAUUUGGUGCUAUAUUGAAGUAAUAUUUAUUUGCUGUACUUUAUUCUUUCCCACUCUUAGCUAAAAAUGAGAUUUUUUUAUAGCCAUGUGUGAGAGAAACCCAGGAACAGUGAGCUAGUGACUGUUGGCUGUCUACCUUCUUAGCCAAGCAUGUUAUUGAGGGUGGGAUAAUCAGUGAUCUAAUCCACUGAAGAAGUGGUAGACUGUGCCAGGCCUUUUCCUCAGUCUCAAAGUAAAGAAUUUGGGCUUAGUCGUGGCUAACCAGUUCACUAUAACUUCUUCACAACUCUAUGAGAAAAAAACAGUGAUGUAGGUAUCCGACUCCUCAAUUCUAACCUGCUCCUCUGUUCAGCCUGUGUGAGGCUAAGGGACAUAACAAGAACUGUCUUGGAGUUCGAAGAGGACAGUUGUGGGAGUCCUUUUGUUGUGGGCAUUUUUUUGUUAUACCCCCUCCCCACCAGAGCCUUUCGAUCUAUGCCUUGCUCCUCACUGCGUAUUUUUUGCAAUGUAGCACUGAUCCGGAGUAGUGUUUGUUUCUUACACAGAAGUAGGCAAGGGAACCCCAAUGAUACUGGAAAUAUGCCUGAAAUCUCCUGUAUGGAAAUGGUGAGUGCUGAGAUAAGUGGUGUUUAUAUACCACCAUGAUGGUCAUAAAAUAUAAGGAGCUGGAGAGAUUAAACACUGAGCCCUGUG